AUGGCGGACGGCAACCCACAUCGGGAAGAUGAGGCGGCCGAGGAAGAAGAGGAGAUUGAUGAGACUAGCUACAAACCAGUCAAAGAUGCGGUCCUCUUCGCAAUCGAUGUCAGCGAUUCCAUGUUGACGCCUCGCCCCUCAGCAGAUCCUAAGAAACACACCCAAGAAUCACCCACCACGGCAGCGCUCAAAUGCGCCUAUCACUUCAUGCAACAACGAAUCAUAUCAAAUCCACAAGACAUGAUGGGUGUUUUGCUGUUCGGGACCCAGGCGUCCAAGUUCUUUGAAGAAGAUGAAGACAGUCGGGGAGACCUGUCCUACCCCAACUGCUACCUCUUCACUGAUCUGGAUGUUCCUUCGGCUCAUGAGGUCAAAGGACUUCGAGCACUGGUAGAUGAUGAAGGAGACUCAAGGGAGGUUCUAUCUCCAGCGAAAGAGCAGGUCUCUAUGGCAAACGUCCUAUUUUGCGCCAACCAGAUAUUCACAUCCAGAGCGCCAAAUUUCCUCUCCCGGCGUUUGUUCAUCAUAACCGACAAUGACAACCCCCAUGGUGAUGAUAAAACCCUGCGGUCAGCGGCGACUGUACGUGCUAAGGAUCUUUACGAUCUUGGUGUCACAAUUGAGCUGUUUCCGAUCUCACGCCCUGAGCAUGAGUUCAAGAACAGCAAGUUCUAUGACUCAUUGCCCAGCGAUCCAGAGGCGCCUGCAUAUCUACAAUCUGAUUCAAAAGCGGCGACUGCGACCGGGGACGGGAUUUCACUCCUCAACACGCUUCUGUCCAGUAUUAAUUCGAGAACGGUUCCGCGUCGCACUCAUUUUUCGAACAUGCCUUUAGAACUUGGCCCAGACUUCAGAAUUUCGGUAUCGGGCUAUAUACUCUUACGAAGGCAAGCGCCCGCUAGAAACUCCUUCAUCUGGCUGAACGGCGAGAAGCCUGUGGUCGCGAAAGGAGUGACUUCCCACUCCGCAGAUGAUACUGGCCGGACUGUCGAGAAAUGGGAGAUCAGAAAGGCAUAUAAGUUCGGUGGCGACCAAGUAACCUUUUCGCCUGAUGAGCAGAAGGCGCUUAGGGAUUUCGGUGAGCCAGUAAUCCGGGUUAUUGGGUUCAAGCCUAUCACUGCGCUUCCAUUCUGGGCAAACGUCAAGCACCCAUAUUUUAUCUAUCCAUCCGAGGAAGACUAUGUAGGCUCCUCGCGAGUAUUUUCCGCAUUGCAUCAGACUCUUUUGCGUUCCAAGAAGAUGGCACUCGUCUGGUUCAUUGCACGCAAGGGUGCUGGCCCCGUUCUCGCCGCUAUGAUCGCAGGCGAAGAAAAGCUUGAUGAGAAUGGCGUACAAAAAUACCCUCCUGGCAUGUGGAUUCUUCCCCUCCCCUUCGCAGACGAUAUCCGGCAGAACCCCGAAACAACGUUGAAUGUCGCCCCGGAGUCAUUGAUUGAUCAGAUGCGCGUGAUCGUCCAGCAACUGCAGCUGCCGAAGGGAGUGUACGAGCCUCUCAAAUACCCCAAUCCAUCCCUUCAAUGGCAUUACCGCAUCCUACAAGCUCUCGCAUUAGACGAAGAUCUCCCCGAAAAACCAGAAGACAAAACCAUUCCGAAAUACCGCCAAAUCGACAAGCGCGCCGGUGACUACGUAUUAUCCUGGGCCGACGAACUCGAAAAGCAAUACGCCAAAACCUCAGCAGCGGCCCCUCGCCCAACCAGCACCCUCGUGAAACGAGGAUCAAAAGACCGAGCAAGCGAAACCGAGGACUCCAAGCCAUCGAAAAAGAUCAAGGUUGAGGAAGACUCUGGAAGCCUAGAGGAGGAAGUCCGCAGGCAUCACAAGAAGGGAACGCUAUCCAAGCUUACGGUCGCUAUCCUCAAGGACUUCUUGACUUCCAAUGGACGCUCAAAUGCCGGUAAGAAGGCGGAUCUUAUUGAGCGGGUAGAGGAGUUCUUGGAGCAGUGA